AUGAAAUCGUUAAGAAAUGAAAAAGGUUCUUGUUAUGAGUUAAAUAAUUUAGAACCGCUGUCAUCGUCGGCUCACGUUCACAGCGGAAGCAAAAGUGCUAGUCCCAGUCCAAUUGUCGGAAAUGCUAAAUCUAGUCUUCGAAGAGGUCCUUCAAGCGUCGGAAGUCCCGAUUGGUCCGCCACGGAUGAAAUACAAAGGCUCGUGGCACUGGAUCAGCAAAGGCAAAGCAAUUCGUCUCUAGGGAUUAAUAGUUGGUAG